AUGGGCGUGAUCGAGAAGGCGUCGAAGGAGAUUCGACCAGGGCAACCACCCCUUACCCUGCCGUUCCAGCCGGACUGGUACACGCCAUCACAUAUCGCGAUGGUCAUGAGAGACGGCGGGUUCGUUGACGUACAGGUCCAUCAACAGGAUAGCCGCUUCACCGCACCCACUGUCGAGAGACUUGCCGAGAUGUUGAGUGAGGGCCUCAAGACCCUUGCGUCGAUGCAGGGAUGGGCCGAGGAGGAUAUUGCAAAGCUGGUUCAGACAUUACCGACAUUUUUGGGUUGCUUGGACACUCUAACUUGGGAUGGUACAGGCGUGUGGAUACCCAUGCUAGCAAAUGUCGCUGUGUGCAAGAAAUCGGAUAAGGGAUGA